UAUUAGAAACGAGGGGGGAUAUCAUAGUUACGUAACGGCGCAGAUCCCUGCGUUUCCCCGCGGAUUUGCGGUUCAAUGGUGGAAUUAGAAAGCGGUGAACAGUGCCACGUCCUUCGUUCUGUCUUCUAUUCUAACCUUGUUGAUAUUUUCCGGAAUGCAAAUGUACAAGCCACUUCUUAUAAGAUCCCCAAUCACAAUCAUAUUUGGUGGCUAUCUGGGGUCUCUUAUGUUUAUGUUCUUCGUUACUGCUAUUGGUAACUUAGAGGCUACACUGUUCGGUAAGAACUACCAGUUGAAGCUGCUUGAAAUUGCACUGUCUAUGGUGAUAUCACUCAUUGCAUCUGGCAUGGUCCAUCGGAUUUGCUUCACUACAUGUUUAAUAUUCUCGCUCAUAACUAUCUACUACAUGAAUAAGCUGUCACAGAAAACAUAUGCAACAACAGCUGCCAUUCCUGCACUAGUGAAAAGUCGUCGUCAUAAAUAAGCUAAUAUCUUAUAUUUUAAAAUAAAUAAUUCAAUAACAUAAA